ACAUGGCGGAGGGGGGCCGCGUCCCUCUCGCCGGGGCUAUAUAGAGCCCCGAGCGGUAGGAACAUGCUCACUUUUGAGGGCGAGGUGCUGAGCUUCGGCCCGGCCGCGAGGCGAAAAGGGGCAGGUAGGCAGGCGGGCGUAGGGCGGGAGGCGCGCGGCUCAGGAGCCCCUCAGCUAGGAAGGUGGCCGCGGAGCGCCCCUUUGCUCUCUUGAGAGAGAGACGGACAGGAGGCAGCGGCCGCCCGCAGCCGAGCCCGCUCAAGCGCCCGAGGGGUCUGCGCGCAAACUUGUGCCCGCGGCUGGUUCCACUUGGCGGCCUCCCGGCUGGCUUUAACUCUCCCUGCGAGUCAGAGCGGGCGUUCGGGUCUGCCCUUCCUGCUCGCCUCGGCUGCCUCCCUUCGCUCCCCCUUCCCUGCCCGCAGCCGCCCAGGGUUUCUGGGCACCGGGGAGCAGGAAGCGGCGAACGAAAUCCCAGCCAGGUGCCGGCAGGCGGGGAAAGAGGCUUGGCCGCCGGCUAGUGGUGCCUGUUGCCUUCCUCGUUCUUCCGAGCGGGCGCUCCCUUCGCCUCGGGACUGCGCUCCACGCCAGCCGAACGGGGCAGCCGCAGCCAUGAACAUCAUCUUGGAGUUCUUCGUGGUCACCUUCAAGGUCCUCUGGGCGUUCGUGGUAGCUGCGGCCAAGUGGCUCAUGCGCCCCAAGGAGAAGAGCGUGGCGGGCCAGGUGUGCCUCAUCACCGGCGCCGGUAGCGGGCUGGGCCGCCUCUUCGCCCUGGAGUUCGCCCGCCGUCGGGCGCGCCUGGUGCUGUGGGACAUCAACACGCAGAGCAACGAAGAGACGGCGGGCAUGGUGCGCCACAUCUACCAAGAGCUCGCGGAGGAAGCCGUGGUGGCCGCUCAGAAAGCUGGGCAUGGAGAAGAAGAAGUGCUACCUCACUACAACCUGCAGGUCCAUACGUACACUUGUGAUGUGAGCAAAAGAGAAAAUGUUUACAUGACUGCUGAGAGAGUCCGCAAAGAAGUGGGUGAAGUCUCAGUCCUGGUUAAUAAUGCUGGUGUGGUCUCUGGCCAUCAUCUCUUGGAAUGUCCUGAUGAGUUGAUUGAGAGGACCAUGAUGGUGAACUGCCAUGCACACUUUUGGACUACUAAAGCAUUCCUUCCAAAAAUGCUAGAAUUGAAUCAUGGACAUAUUGUGACAGUUGCAAGUUCCCUUGGCCUGUUCAGUACUGCAGGAGUGGAGGAUUAUUGUGCCAGUAAAUUUGGAGCUGUGGGUUUUCAUGAAUCUCUAAGCCAUGAACUGAAGGCAGCUGAAAAGGAUGGUAUUAAAACAACACUGGUCUGCCCUUACCUUGUAGACACUGGAAUGUUCAGAGGCUGCAGAAUUAGAAAAGAAAUUGAGCCAUUCCUUCCACCUUUGAAACCAGACUACUGUGUAAAGCAAGCUAUGAGAGCUAUACUUACUGACCAACCUAUGAUCUGUACGCCUCGCUUGAUGUAUAUGGUCACUUUCAUGAAAAGCAUCCUGCCUUUUGAAGCCGUCGUGUGUAUGUACCGAUUCUUGGGAGCAGACAAGUGUAUGUACCCUUUCAUUGCUCAACGCAAACAGGCCACAAAUAACAAUGAAGCAAAAAAUGGGAUUUAACCUUUUACUACGGACUGGCAUUUGUAGCAGAAUUACGAUCAAAACAUACAACUGAAUUGUGAAGUGCACUUGCAUUUAGCUGAUGCAAUCAUUAAAACCUUUUACUGUGGCAUUCUCUUGGAUCUUUUACCUGUAUAGUGGGCAGAAAAACCAAUGUUUUUACAUACUGUAUAUAAAGUAACUCAAGUUCUUGAAAACCGCAACAGGAAAAGUAAAUUUUAAAAUAUAGUGGUUACCUUUGUCCUUUCAGAUUUUUUGCUAAAUGUACAGUAACAUUAGUCAUGAUACUAUUUCGUAGAAAUAAACCUUUGUAAGAAUUCCUCCCGAGAUGAUAAUUCAAUUUCACAAACUGUUUUAAUUUUUCGGUGGUGUUAAAUUAUGUAGCAGUUCCUACGGAUGAUUGCUUAAAUUACAUUAGUUUAACAUUGCAGUGUUCCAGAGGGGAUCACCCAAAGUAUGUGCUAAACUGUAAGGGAAAUUCUCCAAGGUAGCAUCUGCAUGUAUUGAUCCUAAAUAUCUCCUAAUUCAAAAGUAACAUUGAUAUUUCAGAAACCUUUUAGAGCAAAAGUGCAAUUCAUUUCUUCCCACUACAAUUCAAAAAUUCCAGUGUUUUUCAAGCUGUCAGAUUGAGGUUUGGGAUGGCAGUCCAAUCCUAUGUGUGCUUACUUGAAGUAAAUUCCUUUGGAUCAACAGAUUUUGCUGUCAAGUACAUAUGCAUAAGAUCACAAUUUAAAAUAAAAGGAUAUUUAAAAGUUCUUCCCCCCCUCCCGCCUCAUUCACCCUCCAGCACUGUGUACUACAUUUUGUUACCUAAACUGUGGCCUAAAAUUCAACGCAAUUAAACUAGGAGAAGAACAAUUGCAAACCAUUUUUGUGCCAACUAAUUGUACAGCUAAAACAAUGCUGAAAGCAACUUGAAUGUUGGAGGAUGGAAAGGUGUAAAAACUUUUUUUUAAAAAAAUGUAUUCACAUUGUAGAACAGGAAGACAUUUUUACAAUUUUUUUUGUAAAAAGAAUUUUGUGCCUUCAAAUUGGUAAUCUGUAUUAGUAGAAUAUUGUAAAGGUGAACUACCUCUAUAUCUAAAUGUAUACCAUCCACUUGUAAAUUACUAUAAAAUGAAUCCUGUGAUGACUUUUUUUAGAAUGUCAUGUUAAAUAGUGACCAACCUUUGUGGUGAUUAAAGUGAGCCACCUUGUUCUUUAAA